AUGAACCGAACCAGAGGAUUAAAAAGAGAAGUAUUUAUGGGGAAAAAGAAACGACAAAAAACAAAGGAACUUUCGGUAGCGAUAGCCGAGGCUUCAUCCAAAGAAGGUGAUACGGAGCAUCAACAUCCUCAGCCUCCUCGAAAAAGAGGGAGACCUCGUAAGGUUGUUGUUGUGGAAAUGGAAAGCGAGGGACAAAAUCUGGAACCGGAACCUUCUGCAGCAACGAAGAAAGAAGAAGAACAACAACAUGGGAGGCCACAAGAGGAGUUAACAUCAGCAUCGGUAACAUGCACGAUGAUAGUUACAAAAGAAGAGGGUGUGUUCGAAGGGAUUCAACUCCCAAAAGGGGAACCCUCGAGAAGCAGAGCCAGACGCAAAAGCAAACCCAGAAAAAGCACUUGA